AUGGCACCUAAAGCAAAGAAGGAAGCCCCUGACCCUCCCAAAGCUGAAGCCAAAGCAAAGACAAUGAAGACCAAGAAGGCAGUGCUGAAAGGUGUCCCCAGCUGGAAAAAAGAAAAAGAAGAUCCAUAUGUCAACCACCUUCUGGCAGCCCAAGACUCUGAGGCUCCGGAGGAUGUGAAGAAGCUCUAUGACACUGACAUAGCCAAGGUCAGCACCUUGAUCAGGACUGAUGGAGAUAUGAAUGCAUAUGUUCCAUUGGCUCCUGACUAUUAUGAUUUGGAUGUUGCCAACCAAAUUGUGACCAUCUAA